UUAAUCAAGCUUAUGAAAGAUGCUCAUGUGCGAUUACUGAGGAAACUCACUAGAGGGAGGGUUGAGAAUGUAAAGAAAAUAGAAGAAGAUCUUAACAGAGUGCCAGUUUUUGAUAUCCAAGUUGCUGGAGGAAUUAUGACAUGUUGGGUUAUGACUAUGCUAUUUGGAGCCUUUUACUUUGUUCAAUAUCUUGGUUCAGUGCAAAUUUCUAUGAAUCAAGAUCAAUCUUCACUUGCCAGAUUUAUGGAUGAAUUAUGA